AUGGCCCAACCAUCCGUUGAGGAUGUACGACGACAAAAUGGCCUCAUCAUUGCCUCUGCUGUCAUGAUAGCCGUGGCCGUGCUGUUCGUCCUCCUCCGAUGCGUCAGCAGGUUCAUCCUCAUCCAAAAUCCCGGCCCAGAUGACUACUUUAUUAUUGCUGCCAUGGCCCUUACUCUCGGCUAUCUCAUCAACCUUGUCGUCCUCACUCACAAUGGCAUCGGAAUGGCAAUGUCGACGCUCACUCUAGAUAACAUGGUCAACUUCCUCAAGAUUACUCUCGCUAUUCAAGUGAUGUAUUAUGCGAACGUCUUUUGCAUCAAGGUGUCCAUUCUCUUUACCUACAUCCGGUUUGCCGUGACACGCACCUUUCGUUACCUUUGCAUCGGAACAAUCAUCCUACACAUUGUAUUUCUUCUUGUUUGCGUUAUCACCACUCUGGCACAAUGCCAACCUCUUCACAAGAUGUGGGAUUUUACCGGUGCUGUUGAAGGUACUUGUAUCAACACGACUGCCUUCUUUUACUUCACAUCCGCCUUCAACAUCCUCACCGACCUCUGGAUCCUCCUCCUUCCCAUCUCCACCCUCCGCGAAAUCAACCGUCCCACCCGCGAAAAGAUUGCCCUCUUCCUCAUCUUCGGCGUUGGAACAUUCGCCGCCGUCGCCUCCAUAGUCCGUCUACACACCAUCUACAUCUACACCCUAGCCGAGGACCCGUUUCACGAGGGGAUCAAUGUCAACCUCUGGUCCAUGAUCGAGGUCACCAUCGCCAUUUCGUGCGCUUCGGUAUCAGCGCUGAAGCCAAUAUUUAGUGGACGGCAGAGGAGACUCACGCGGGGAGCGAGGGGUGGAAGGGGUGGUGGAUAUACUUAUGGAAGUUACGGAACGGGAACAUGGACAGGGGCAGAUAAUACUGCAAAGGGGAAUGUGUCAGGGUCAGGAGGGAGAAGGAGUACAGGGACGUGGUUUAAGAAAAGCAAGGGGAGUAACGGACUAGAUACACAAUCCAGCGAAGACGGAUUACAUGCAUAUGGCGAAGAGGCGGAGUUGCAGAAGCUGGGCUCGCGUGCGGACAGCCAUCGUAACGACCAGGCAGAAAGGGAAAAAGAGAAGGAGUUCACACAGGGACAUAAGGAGUAUCGAAGAUGGGUACACUCCUCCCACUCUCGCCUCGGAAGCCGCGAUAGCCAGAACCACCAUCACGACCAACAACCACAUCACGGGAGACAACACUCCCGCCAACACUCCCGCCAACAAUCCUCGCUCUCUUCUCCCAACGGCCACACCCAAAACUUGCCCACCCCCGACGGCGACGGGGACACCUCCUCCAUCUCCAUCUCCCUCCCAAUCCAACGUCCCAAACCAGCCGCCGCCGCCAUCGGCAUUGCCGUAGCAAUAAACCAAACCCGUCCCCUUUCACCACCACCACCGCCGCUUUCACCAAGUUUCAUGCCGCCGCACAUGAGUUACCAACAUAAAGGCCAGCAACCAUAUCUCUACAAAACGAGCAGGGGCGAUAACCACCUGCAGGGACAUGGAAGAUGGGUGGAAGUGGAAACGGCUGAUACGAGGACUGUGUAUACCCAGGGUGAGGAUUACACCUUUGUAUAG